GUUCAUUUCAGGUUCUGUCUUGUACUCAUUCAGACCGUCACAUGGCUCGUCCUCUGAUUCUCUUUGGUGUUUUACUUUACACCGCAGGAACUUUGAGCAUGAAGACAUUGGAUCGUGUAACUGUAAGAGAAGGAGGAAGCAUUACAAUCCCCUGUCUGUAUGACAAUCAGUAUAAACAAAACACAAAAUACUGGUGUGAAGGUUAUUUUUGGAAUUAUUGCAAAAUUACAGCAAGUACAAAUGCUAUAGGGAAAUGGACAAUUACUGAUUAUCCAGCAGACAGUAUUUUUACUGUGAAACUCCACAAUCUGAAAUCCUCAGACUCUGGAUAUUAUUGGUGUGCUAUUAUCGGAAAUCAUGCAGAACCAGAUGACAGAAAAUAUUUGUAUGUAACUGUUAAAAAAGCUCCUGAUGUGUUUGUGGUGAACAGCAGUGUAUCUGGACAUGAAGGUGGUGAUAUCAGUGUUCAGUGUUUCUACAGUUCUGGAUACAAGAAUGAAGUCAAACAGUGGUGCAGAUAUAAAGAUCAGAGCUGUUACACAGUGGGGAGGACUAACACAUCCCAGAAUUCAUCAGUCCAGAUCAGUGAUGAUGGGAGAAAAUCCUUCACUGUGCUGAUGACUGGACUGAGACUCACUGAUUCUGGCUGGUACUACUGCUCUGCUGGAGAUCUGCAGGCUCCUGUUCAACUCCUUGUUCAGAGAGACAAUGAAAGUAAAAGUAUGUCUGAAAGUGAUGAUGCUGGUCAAUUUCCCUCUACAUGCAAAAACCAAACAGCAAGCAAAGAUUCAGAGGACAGCAAGUGCUCCCCUAAUGACCCGUCUGACCAGAUGGACUGGAUUUUUCUCCUCCUCUAUACUGCUGUGCCGCUACUUCUAUUACUGAUGCUGGUUUUAGUAAUCUGGAGGCUUGUACAAAAACACAAUGGGGCUUUGACCAAACGAGGACCAGACAUCUGUUCAGUGGCAGAAGGUCAAAAGGCUGUCACGUAUGACACUGUGGUCUUCAAGAAAGCAAAAAAACAUGAACCAAACCAGGUUUCAAUUAGCCACUCUCCUGAACAAUUUGAAGUGAUCUACAGCACUCUAAACCUUCACCAAUAACACAUUAUCUCUGGCCAUUGAAAUUCUGAAUAUUACAAUCUGCAGUAAUGGCAUCUUCGCCUGUUUUACAUCAUGCAGUUUCUUUUAAAGCUGCAAAGGACGCCACGAGACAGAAAAAGAGGAACCUUCAGAACACAUUUUAGAGUUUAAGUGUUGCAUGUGGGUCAUGGUUCACCAGAUUAUUAUUUUGCUAUUAAGAUUUUUGCCACAUCUUUAAAAGUGUCACCUAUUUUUUGUUAAGUGGUAAAAGUUCUUCUGCUGUUCUACUUUUAUUCUUAGUCAAUGUGAGAAGCAAAACUGAAACAUCUUUGCCACAUGACAGAAUGACACAAUGAGUUCAGGUCAGCUUUUAGGUCAAUGAUUAGUUAGACCACUUCAGAGAAACCUGAAAAAAUAUGCUCAUUUUAAAUCUAAUUACUUAGUAUUUGUUUUUGCAUAAAUAACUGUUCUGUUUUGUGUUUUGAGCUACUUAAUACCUUAGCAUUAUUAUUGUUGAUUGUGUAAGAUUUAGUUGUAAAACUGUCAUUUGUAGUUUAGAAAAUAUUUAAUGGCUUUUCCAGUGAAUGUAUUAUAAAUGUUAUUACAUUAAAAAAAAUCUA